GUGGUACUAUCAAAGCACGCAGUGCAAAACCUCACAUCUGAGUUUGAUCUUCUGUGGUCCGAGAGAUCGUGGCAUUUGUGCAAGAACGGGAGGCAAAAGGUAAACUUUUUCAACUUUUUUUGACCUUCCGACUUUUCGGAUUCUGAACGGAGACGUUAAAUCGAGCCAGGGUAUGAAUUCUACUAUCGCUGGUUCCACAGACAAGAUUGCAUUUCUUGAAUGCUAGCAUCAGAUCAGUCUAGAGUGUAGACAAGUACAGUAAGGGCUCGAUUUGUUUCACAUUUGGAGGGAAUUGGUGAAGCUUAAGGUUUGCUUUUCAAGCACAAGCACCCCAGGUGGAAGAUGAACGGAAGAUCGAGGGCUGGCUUGGAGAGCUGAGGAUGCACUGCGGCAUCAAAGGGAGCAACCAAGGAGAGCCAGUCCUGUGCGAAUUUCAGGCCGGGUUUCACGACCCAAGACAUCGAGGAAGGCCUUGCUGGGUCUCUGUCGUUAGCAAGUCUUCAGUGCAGCUCCUUCAGGGCCCUGGCAGGAAUCGAAACCUGGGCAAAACUCUGAGCUGCGGCGACUUUCUGGAGGCAAUGGAACAGCUGCAGGCGGCUGGACAAACUUACUACAGGCUAGCAGAUGGUUGGGUCGCAAGGGAUGACCCCAGUGGCAAGAUUGCGUGCGACCUGGUGGUGCGAGAGCUCCACCAGUGGGUCUACGUUUGCAAUGACAAGGAUGGAGCACAGAUUCGAGAAACACCAACUCGAUCCAAUACCAAGAACAAGGGCAAACGGCUGAAAUAUCGGCAGCGAGUCAGCAUCUCGGAGAGGGUGACAACCUCUGCCAAUGAUGUCUUUCUCAAACUUGCUGAUGACAAAAAAGGUUGGGUGCCUGCCACGAAGCUGAACUCCAACGUGGUGAAAAUGGCCCCCCUUCAGCCGCUUCAGCCCAUGGAACCCCAGAGGCCGAUGGCAGGUUGCUUGCAAGGCGUUCAGGGAUGCGGAGCGUGUGGCCACCCGCAACAGUACGCGCACCAGCCUGCGCUGCAGCAGUGCCCCCCAACCAUCCAAGCCCCGCUGAACAUCGCCAAUGGCGAUCCCUAUGCUAAUGGCGGCGCGUCAGCCUACAUGCCAGGCUAUGGUGGCUGCAGUGGCUGCGCUGGUUGCUCUGGUGGUGGCUUUGGCCUGGGACCGGCUGACGCACAAUGGGGGCCAAGUGGAGAUGACUUCGGAAUUGGGGCACCAGCCGGGUCCUGUGGCUUUCCUCCGGCGGCAGGAUGUGGCUAUGCCCCGGCUGGGCUCAGUGCACAGGGUGCACAAGGUGUACAGGGCUGGAGCGGCGGCUUCAGGUGACCCUUGGGCUUGGAAGACGAAGCGUGCAUCGGACUGGAGCUGUGAGGACCUUUGCUCAAGGCUUCUCAACUUGAGCUUCAAGAUGCUUAGGUUUCUAUAAUGGAUUUAGCAGUUUCAAUCCAGUCGAGGGGCUGGAUGCCGGCUGCUGUUUCGAGCCCGCAUUUGCAACG